GACAGACGGGCGGGCGGACGCGCGGACGAAGGGACCAGCGGACGGACGGCCAGGAGCGGGGCUGCGAGAAAAGCAGCCACCGGCGAGGACACCAUGAGCCAAGCAGGGUCCGUGAGCUGUUGCCCGGGUGCCGCCAAUGGCAGCCUGGGCCGGUCUGACGGUGUGCCCAAGAUGAGUGCCAAGGACCUGUUUGAGCAGAGAAAGAAGUACUCCAACUCCAACGUAAUCAUGCACGAGACCUCCCAGUACCACGUCCAGCACCUGGCUACGUUCAUCAUGGACAAGAGUGAGGCCAUCACGUCUGUGGAAGACGCCAUCCGGAAGCUGGUGCAGCUGAGCUCCAAGGAGAAGAUCUGGACACAGGAGAUGCUGCUGCAGGUCAACGACCAGUCGCUGCGACUGCUGGAUAUGGAGUCGCAGGAGGAGCUGGAGAACUUCCCUCUGCCCAGCGUGCGGCACAGCCAGACGGUGCUCAACCAGCUGCGCUACCCGUCCGUGCUGCUGCUCGUGUGCCAGGACGCGGACCAGAGCAAGCCCGACGUCCACUUCUUCCACUGCGACGAGGUGGAGGCGGAGCUCGUGCAGGAGGACAUCGAGAGCGCGCUGGCUGACUGCCGCCUGGGGAAGAAGAUGCGGCCGCAGACCCUCAAGGGCCACCUGGAGAAGAUCCGGCAGCGGCGGUCGAUCCUGCCCGCGGCCCCGGGCCCGGCCCCCAUCCCCUUCCAGCGCUUCGGCGGGGACUCCCCUUCCACCAAGAACCGAGUGGGCCUGCUGACACCGCUGGGAGAGCUAGGCCUCCGCCGCCGCGAGUCGCUGGAGGAGGAGCCGCGGGCCGCGCUGGCGCAGAGGAUUGAGAAGGAGACGCAAAUCCUCAACUGCGCCCUGGACGACAUUGAGUGGUUCGUGGCGCGGCUGCAGAAGGCGGCGGAGGCCUUCAAGCAGCUGAACCAGCGCAAGAAGGGAAAGAAGAAGGGGAAGAAGGGGCCGGCAGAGGGCGUCCUCACGCUACGGGCGCGGCCCCCCUCGGAGGCUGAGUUUGUGGACUGUUUCCAGAAGACUAAGCUGGCCUUCAACCUGCUGGCCAAGCUGCAGAAGCACAUCGAGAAUCCCAGCGCGGCUGAGCUGGUGCACUUCCUCUUCGGACCUCUGGACCUGAUCGUCAGCACUUGCGGUGGCCCGAACAUCGCUCGCUCUGUGUCCAGGCCCCUGCUGUCCCGCGACGCUGUGGGCUUCCUGCGUGGCCACCUGGUCCCCAAGGAGAUGGCACUGUGGGAAUCCCUGGGGGAGACCUGGACACGCCCCCGCUCUGAGUGGCCACGGGAGCCGCAGGCGCCCCCAUACGUGCCCAGGUUCCACAGUGGCUGGGAGCCACCCCUGGACGUGCUGCAGGACGCCCCCUGGGAGGUGGAGGGGCUGGCAGCUCCUGGCGACGAGCCGGCUCCGGUGAGCCGACCGUCCUUUAGAAACUCCCCGAAGCACGGCCUGGUACCGGAGCCCACGCCCCCAGGAGACGUCCUCCCCCAGGUCAGCUCCCAGCACACUCACAGAGGCUACGAGUCUGUGCCAGCCAUGGCCAAGUACGUCAAGGUCCUCUAUGACUUCACGGCCCGCAAUGCCAACGAACUGUCGGUACUCAGGGACGAGGUCCUGGAGGUGCUGGAGGACGGCCACCAGUGGUGGGAGCUUCGGAAUCGCAGCGGCCAGGCAGGCUACGUGCCCGGCAACAUCCUGGCAGAGACCCGGCUGGAGGACGCCCCCCAGGAGCAGGGAGUGAAAUACUGGGGUCCUGCCAGCCCAACCCACAAGCUGCCCCCCAGCUUUGCCGGAAACAAAGACGAGCUGAUGCAGCACAUGGAUGAAGUCAACGACGAGCUGGUGAAGAAGAUCAGCAACAUCCGCGCGCAGCCGGCGCGGCCCUUCCGGGUGGAGCGCAGCCAGCCGGCGGCCCCGCCGCUCACCCACGCGUCCGGGCCCCGCGAGGUCCGCGCCUGGCUGGAGGCCAAGGCCUUCAGCGCGCGGGUCGUGGAGCACCUGGGCGUCCUGACCGGCCCGCAGCUCUUCUCUCUCAACAAGGACGAGCUGCGGAAGGUGUGCGGGGAGGAGGGCGCCCGCGUGUACAGCCAGCUCACCGUGCAGAAGGCCUUCCUGGAGAAGCAGCAGGGUGGGUCGGAGCUGGAGGAGCUCAUGAGCAAGUUCCAUUCCAAGACCCAGAGGCGCGCAGAGGAGGACAGUUAGGCCUGCGGCUGGGGACGCGCCCCGCGGCUGGAGUGUUAUUUUUGUUCGCUGACGUGUUUCGGACCCAGGACUCGGAUGGACAGUCACGCUGGCUGGGGCCCCUGGGGCCUGACCUCGGCUCGGCGCUGCCCCCGCGCACGCCCCCCGGGCCGCCCCCACACUCACCGCAGCCAAACUUGCCGCCAGGCGGUGCCAGCCCCUCCUCCGCCUGCCCCCUGACCCCGGAGCGCUGCCCGUACUCCCUGCUCCCGAGGCCGCAGGAAUCCCCAGAGCCGUCAGGGACCUUUCCUCAGGCCUCGCCCCCGCACCCCCUCCCCGCCCCCCAAAGGCCGGCUGCGGGCCGAGGGCAGCAGACCUCAGCCACCCCGCUGCCCUUGGCUCUGAGCUGGCCAGGCUGGUGCCCCUUGAGGGCCUAGACCGCCUCAGCACUCACCCAGUCCUCUGGUCUCCUGGGGUGGCCUGGGGGGCUCCCCCCAGGAGUGGGGUGUGCCUGGGGCACUCCUUCACCGCCUGGAGGAUUGAGGACGGACUGAACCCCUUUCACCAGAGGACUGACCCUGGGAACCCCUCAACGCCCCACACCUGUCCCCAGCGGGCCCCCCCUCCCCCCCACACCUGUCCCCAGCCCUCCGCGUAGCUCAGGCGCUCAGAGCUUCCUCUGACCCGGUCUUAGGCCUGCUCCGCCUGGCCUGCUGUGCAGUGGGAGGUGAGUCUCGGAGCCCUGGACUCUGCGAUCACACCCCAAGGAGGAGAGGUGACCAAGGCUCGGGAUCCACACCAUUAAACCACUUCAGUCUCCCAGCA